UAACGAAGACCGGCGUCAUUUCACAGUAACUCCCUCUGCGGGUUGUUGAAAUUUGCUAUUUCGUUUCUGUUUCAGUCAGUAUGCUCUCAACCAGAUAGCUCACUGAUUACAAAUAGAUAACAAGACUAGUGCUUCAAUGGACCUCAAUGAACAGAUUAACCAGCUGGAGGCCGACCUGCUGGAGAUCUCAAAUCUGCUGGAAAAGGCAGAGAGAGAACGUAUUCAGGAUGUGUUAAAACAAGAAAAGAAAAAAGUGGAAAGGGAGAUUUCAGCGAAGAGAUUGCAGAAGGAGCAGCAAGCCAAGCGAGAGGACCCAACGUCUUCCUCAAAAGCUUACACUGUCAAGAUCAAUAACUAUGGAUGGGACCAGUCAGAUAAGUUUGUCAAGAUCUACAUCACACUCAAAGGAGUUCACAAUGUAGCACCUGAGAAUGUGAACGUCAGCUUCACUGAGAGGUCUUUUGUUGCAUUGGUAAAAGACCUUGAUGGAAAGAAUCACCAGAUGACUAUGAAUAAUCUUCUGUGCCCCAUAGAUGUUCAGGAGAGCUCUAAAAAGGUGAAAACAGACAUGGUCCUGGUCAUGUGUAAGAAGAAGACGGCCAAGAAAUGGGAGUGUCUGACGCAGGUGGAGAAGAAAACGAAAGAAAAAGAGAAGCCAAAUACCGAAGAGAAUGCAGAUCCAAGUGAUGGGUUGAUGUCCAUGUUAAAGAAGAUCUACUCUGAUGGUGAUGAUGAGAUGAAGCGCACCAUCAACAAAGCCUGGUCGGAGUCCCAGGAGAAGAAGGCUAAAGGAGAAGAGGUGCCGGACUUCUAACAGGGAUUCCUGAUGUGCCCAGUCUUUAAGUGGCCAUGCUUAAAUACCCUCUGUGCAUCGUUUUCUCAUUCCUGAUCCAAAAUGGUGGGCCCUCUGAAACUUUGUACUCGAAAUUAUAACCUAUCCUUCCAUAGCGGCUUUUAAAAGAGAUGCGACUUCAGACAGGGUACGUAGGUUGCUACGUAGCAGUAGCAGUCUGUUUAAGAAAAUGUCUUCAUUGUGUUGUUCAUGCAUUCCAGUUACUAUUCUAAAGUCCAGGAACUUGACAGAUUGGAAUAUAUUUAGCCAUUCCCAAAUUACAGUUGAAAAUAGGCCAAUGGAAGUCCAAUUUGUUUAUUUGUGGAAAAUGAGUUUUUCGCACUCAUGUACAUAAUCACAUUUGUUCAAAUGUAAGUGUAGCCAGUGUCUUAUCCCUCUUUCAUUGUGUCUCGCUCCCACUCAGGUUUAUGUGGUGUAAUAAACAUAUCUUUCCUGAAGCAAA